UCGUCGUUAACAAUACUCACAAGCGGAAUCGAGUGUUUUUUUAACAGGGUCCUUGUUCGGCUGCGCUCCGUUUUUUGCAACGCUUCGCGUUGGCCUUCCACCGUUUCCUGAUGGCCGCUCUCGUACGGGAUGACAAUCUAUUCUAGUAAAACCUAUUCAGUGUAAUAAUCCGCGUUUACGAUGACGUCAACUUUAUUAUUCUUAAAUGCUCCGGUGCGUCCAAAAACGAGUUGUGCAGCAAUAGGUUUUUUUCGAGGUCGGAAACACCUCGAAGGCGUGUAGAGUUUACGAAGUGAUCUCAUUUGCAAUCUUUGUCGACUCGUCACACGCGUUCCGUCAGUGAGUGUAACGCUUCGUUGUCUCUACUUUGUGCUUUGGAUAGAUGCGAAUCUCCAGCCUACAGUACGUCUGGUUAGCCAGUCAUAAAACAUGUCGAAUACUUGAUUCAACAAUACAAUUUUUAAUAUUCAUCUGCACAGCGACUCCGGUGGUUUCGGAAGUCUCUAUUGUUUCACAUUUCACCAACGUACCAAUAAUUUCACUGACCUCUAAACAGUGCGGUCAAGUAUUGUUUUCUGACGAACAUCUAUUCAACGACAUAUCCACACCACUUCCUUUACAAGGUAUGGAGUCAUUACAGAAAGACGAUGAAAUUAAUGUACUACGAAGAGUACAAACAGAGUUGAAAAGGGCUAGAAUGCAUUACAAACGUAAUGUAGACCUAGCCGAGAACCUUUACUUACCAGUCAAGUCCGAAAUGAAAACGGACUACAUAUUACGAACUAAUGUGUACCAAUAUGAGUGGCUACCUUUUAGUCCAAUGUUAUGGUACGAUAAAUAUGUCAAACAACUUGACAAAGAGACCAAGUUGUUUAUGUUGUUGCCCAUGCUCAGAGAUUCAUUGCACAAUUUCUCUGUAACAUUAGACCAAAUGCGAAAUUUUAAUGAAACCAACUCCACGUUCGAUUAUAAAACAAGAAAAUCUUUGAUCGACGAUUUAUAUAAACAUCUAAUCGCUGUACUGUGCGAAGUGGAAACUGCAAUAGUCAAUAUUGGAUCGUGGCGUAAUUGGAAGAUUCCAGAAAGCGCCCAGUCCGUGCUUUUGGGCGGAAAGGGUUGGGACCCGAGUCCAGAUCACACGGCCAUGCUGAUUCAGGAUUGGGGUGUGUUGACCACUUACUAUAGGUUCCUAAAAGAAUCGUUGAACAUAAGUCACGAAAUAGUGCACGGUCGGCCGCGUGCUUCUUCUUUCCCCAGUUCCACCCCUAAGUUCCGGCAUCGAAAAAAGCAGUCUGCUUCCACGCCGUCCAACUUUCGAUCGACAACUCAUCACCGUCGACGUCACUCGUCGUCUGUUCCCACCACAACCGGAAAAUCGGACUUGACGACACCUUGGCCUUGUCUGAGGCAUAGUGUGUGUGGUACCCAACACAAACGCCGGCGGCGGCGUCACGUACAGUACUCUACGGUCAUGUAAAUCUGUUAAAAAACAUAAGCUCCUCCUUGAAAUCUCCCACUUGUAUUUGCGUCCCCAAAAUGCGUUUAGUCAAUUAUUUUUAUAAACACGCGGGCGCCAGUCGUUCGGCUAACGGGCACAGCUUGUUGUAUUAUAAUAUUAUUAAGAACCUGUUGUAAAUAAAUUAUUAUUGUUAAUGUUAUGUACUGUGUCAAUAUUUUGGAACGUGAUCCAUUGUUCUUAUAAUGUUCUUUUAUUUUUAGUCUGUUAUUAUUUAAUUGCAUAAAAAUAUUGAAAAAAUUAUUAAUCUUCAA